ACUACAAUACGGUUAUUAUAUUCGAUUAUAUUCGACGAUAAAGGAACUGCUUCGAAUUCAACCAGAAAGUUACUGAAUGAAUGGGAUAUUAAAAUCACCUCAAAAGUGCCACAAAUAAAAGCCACUGAUCAAGAACAACAGAAAACAGAAGAAUCAUCACCGGCGAAAAUAGUAAAAUCACCUUUAAGUUCAUCGGGUUAUUCAAUUAAUUGUUCAAAUACAAACUAUCAAAAAGAGAAACAGUCAACAGUCACCGACGAAAACAAAUCAAAACGAAAAGCCGAUAAUAUCGACAGUGUACAAGAUGUAGAAAAGAUCGAUCUAUCAGGGAAAAAAAUGAAAUCAGAUACAACAACAUCGAGUACAACAAUAAUUAAUUCGAUUCAGAAAAAGAAGAUGACAGGGAAACGACAUAGUACUGGCAUUAGCAACAUUUUUAUUGAUUCAGACGGAGAGCAAGAUGAGACAUCAACACAAUCUAAAGUUGCUGAAAAAGUUCAUCAACGUAAAAGGAGACCAGUGAAUUAUCGCUAA